GUCAUUGUAACUUUUAGCAAUCAAGUGUAAUCCCGAUCCAGUCCUUGUACGCCAAUUGAAGCUGUUGGGAACUGGGUUUGACUGUGCUAGCAAAGUAGGUAUACAUUUUCACUCCUUUGCACUGACGGAAAUAUCCCAUUAGUAAAAGAAUAAUGUUAUAGGACUUCAAAGGACGAUGAUCGACCGAUAUUCAACGCACUCGUCGUAUUUUAGAUCUGUAAUGAUGUGAAAUGAGUUCACUUGAAAUUAUAUGAUAAAAWUUUUUCUUAUAUUAUGAUGUAUUCUAUCUUCAAACAUAAACAAAAGCUCGUAAAGGGWACCGGUUGACCAGUAUCCUUAAUAAGCACAACUCAACGUUGCCAUAAAACCGCUGGACUGCCAGCAAAAAUGAUCUUCCAAUUCAUUCAGGGUGAAAUAGAGUUUGCACUUAGUAUUGGAUGCAAACCAAACGACAUCAUAUAUGCYAACCCCUGCAAAAAGCCUUCUCAUCUCAGGUUCGCAGCAAAACAUGGUAUUUCAAUGAUGACAUUUGACAGCAAAGAAGAGCUGAUGAAGAUCAAAGACAUUUGUCCCAGCAGUGCAGAGAUUCUGAUUCGCUUUACUCCAAGAAUUGAUGGUGCCUUGUACAAUCUUAGCUUUAAAUUUGGGGCUGCAAUUGAAGAUUGWGCAGAUAUUCUAACCACGGCCAAGAAUCUGGGACUAAAUGUUGUUGGUGUAAGGUACGUAGUCACUGCAUUUAAAAUCCCAUGGACCUACUUCAUAGGAAGCUAUACACGACUUUCAAAAAUGGCGCCAGUUCACGUCCGCCUAUAUUGGGGACUAGUGACGAAUCAUGGAAACGAGAYCUCAAAGGCCUUCCAUCAAGAAAUCACUACGAAGAUCGUAUGUAGGCAGUGUCCAAAAGUUUGAAAGAUGUAUUGGUAUGUUAUUUACAACAAAACACUCUUGCAAGACACCAUGGAAGCUGGCCUUUGAGACCUCGUUUUAGUGCUUCGUCCCCCUGAUCGACGACCGUGACACAUCGCGCCACUUUUGAAAGUCGUGAAUGCUGUCUUGAAAUGCAGGUAACAUGCUUUUGCAUUGAAGCCAGUCAACCGUCGAGCGCGCAAUGACAGACACGCCGAAUACUUGUCUAUGCGUGUGAACAAACGCUCUAUCGUUGUACACUCACCGACCGUUUUGCUUCGAAGGCACGGUUACUAUACCCUUCAUCACCUUUAGGAGAGAGAGCAAGACAGUCGUUGACCUUAAUUCGAUAAAAAAUGAAUUCUUACUAGAUAGGCAUGCUCGAUAGAAAGUGCAGAUGGUUUGACACACUGCAUUUGGCGAUCCGUGUUAUAAAAUAGGCAUGCGGCGUGGUAGACAGUAGACGAUGUCAUAACCUGCCUAACCGGGUCAGCGGAUUGACGUAAGAUAAAAGUCAUGUCAUCCUAAAACUAGUAAGAGGGUCUCAAUGGGGUUAACCGUGAGCCGUGAAACGGCUAAAAAAUUAGCCGUGAAUCGUA